AUGGCGAACAAUCCCUCUCUGAGUGAGAAAAGGGCUAUGGCCAAGGAGGAGCGUUUUCCCGAGCUAUUCGUCAAUACCAACAUCGACCGGCGCAUAUGCCGGAGAGUGGUCCCGCUUAAGGUUAUUGUUGUUGGCAUGCCACGGACUGGAACUCAAUCAAUACGCGUGGCCCUCAAGCAGCUCGGUUUCAAUGAUACAUACCAUAUGGACUGCCUCUUCGAAAACCCUCCAGACAUCGACCUUUGGUGUCAAGCCUUCCUCGCCAAGUUCAAAAGCCAGGGCGAACCUUUCGGGAAAGAGCAAUGGGAUCAACUUCUCGGCCACUGCCAAGCGGUCUGCGAUCUCCCAACCAGCGCAUUCAUUCCGGAACUCAUAGCUGCGUACCCCGACGCGAAGCUCAUCCUCACGCCGCGGGAAGAAAAUAGCUGGUAUGCAUCCUGCCAGCGCACCAUUCAAACCACGGCAACCGCUCGAUCGAUACACAUCCUCUCCGCCCUAGAUACCCACUUCCUCUCACGCUUCACACCGCUCCUCGGUCUUAUGUUCGGAUCCAUGUUCCCCUGCCCGCCCGACCUUUGGCAGACGCCCGAGGGCAAACGCAUCUGGAUCGAGCACUACCGCCGUGGGCACGACGAAGCCCGAUUUCUCGUGCCUCCAGAUCGCCGCUUAGAAUAUAGCGUGGAACAAGGAUGGGGCCCGCUGUGCGAGUUUCUCGGGGUCGAGGUGCCGGUUGGGAAGACGUUCCCAAUGGUCAAUGACUCGGGGAGUUUCGCAGUCAAGAUAGGCGUCGUGAAGCGGCUGGCCGCGAGGAGAGUAGUGAGGAGAUGGAGCCCGGUGCUCGGGGUGCUUGCGGCCGCUGGGUUGGGGCUGUGGUGGGCGAGGCGGUGA